CCGGAAGGUGGGCAUUUCCGGGACGGGCACUUCCGGGACGGGAGCCGUGCUAGAAGGGCAGCAUGAGUUGGAUUCCGUUCAAGAUCGGGCAGCCGAAGAAACAGAUUGUACCCAAGACAGUCGAGAGGGAUUUUGAACGCGAAUAUGGAAAGCUUCAACAGCUGGAGGAUCAGACAAAGAAGCUCCAGAAAGACAUGAAGAAAAGCACAGACGCAGACCUCGCCAUGUCCAAGUCCUCUGUGAAAAUCUCCUCCGACCUCCUGUCCAACCCGCUCUGCGAGCAAGACCCUCAGUUUCUUGAGAUGGUGAUGGCCCUGGACACCGCGUUGAAGAGAAUGGAUUCUUUUAACCAAGAAAAGGUGAACCAAAUCCAAAAGACAGUCAUAGAGCCUUUGAAAAAGUUUAGCAGUGUUUUCCCCAGCCUGAAUAUGGCGGUGAAGCGGCGUGAGCAGACCCUCCAGGACUACAAGAGACUGCAGUCCAAGGUGGAGAAAUACGAGGAGAAGGAGAAGACGGGGCCCAUCCUCACCAAGCUCCACCAGGCCCGGGAGGAACUGAGGCCCGUGAAGGAGGACUUUGAGGCCAAGAACAAGCAGCUCCUGGAAGAGAUGCCCAAAUUCUACAGCAGCCGCAUCGAUUACUUCAAGCCAAGCUUUGAGUCUCUCAUCCGAGCUCAGGUUGUGUACUACACGGAAAUGUACAAAAUCUUUGGCGACUUAACGGAACAGAUUGACGAGCCUGGCCUGACGGAUGAGCAGAGGGAGAAGGAGAAUGAAGCCAAGCUGAAUGAACUGAGGGCCCUUUCCAUCGUGGCAGAUGACUGAAAACCCAACAACGUGCUGAAGCUGCAAAGGUCUCCUUUUCCUUCCAGAUUUCCAAAGACUUGGGUCUCUGACCCAGACACUUUUGCAUCGAGGCUCUUUUCAUCCAGAGGAGUGAAUCUACAGCAACCCUCCGGAGACCCAAUGUGCAUUUCUCGCACAAUAUAGCUGGGUUUCCAUCACCUGUUGAUGCCCGUGGCUUCCAAAGGCUGCCCACCAACUCUGGACAUGGAAAAGACUUUGCAAACUACUAAUCACUUUGCAA